AUGACAUAUCUUGGUCGUAUUUUUCUCCUGACCACAAUAUUGGUGGUCUUUGUAAAACAAUCGCAGGCCGUUUGUGGCUAUGAGUCAUGUCCUGCAACUAAGCCAAACAUGGUUAACAUCCACUUGGUUCCUCACUCCCACAAUGAUGUUGGUUGGCUUAAGACGGUUGAUCAGUCCUACUAUGGUUAUCUAAAUAAAAUUCAUCAUGCUGGUGUGCAGUACAUAUUGGAUAGUGUGGUGUCUCAGCUCCUUCAGGAUCCCCAGCGACGCUUUAUUCAAGUGGAGACCGCCUUUUUUGCGAAAUGGUGGGAAGUCCAGUCGGAGUCCAUGAAGAAAGUGGUUAAAAAGUUGGUCAAUGAGGGACGAUUUGAAUUCACCGGUGGAGCUUGGAGCAUGAAUGACGAGGCAGAUGUGAACUACCAGGGUGUGAUUGAUCAGUUCACAGUGGGAUUGAAGUUCCUCAACGAAACCUUCGGUUCCUGUGCUCGGCCUCGAGUUGGUUGGCAGAUCGAUACUUUUGGACACUCCCGCGAGCAGGCAGCAAUCUUCGCUCACAUGGGCUACGAUGGCCAGUUCUUUUCCCGAAUGGAUCAUAACGACAAGGACACACGCCUCGAAGAGUUGACUAUGGAGAUGAUUUGGGAUGCCAGUGAAUCGAUGAGUGGAGUUAAUCUUUUCAGUGGAAUGCUGUAUAAUUUCUACUCCGAUACUCCAGGCUUCUGCUUCGAUAUUCUAUGCACUGAUGAACCCAUAAUCGAUGGGGAUAGCGAAGAAAAUAAUGUUGAAGAGAGGGUAGAUCACUUUAUCACCUAUGCAAAGAAUAUGUCGGAGCAUUACCUCACUAACCACAUAAUGGUUCCCAUGGGCGGUGAUUUCCAGUACGAGGAUGCCAAAGUCAACUACAAGAAUAUGGACAAACUGAUCAAGUACAUUAACGAGCGACAAGCCUCUGGAUCGAAGUACAACAUUUUCUAUUCGACCCCAAGUUGCUAUCUGAAUUCCCUGCAUCAGAGUUUAGAGUCCUGGCCAAAUAAGACUCAGGACUUCUUUCCCUAUGCCCACGAAAAAAAUAGUUUCUGGACCGGCUUCUUCACUUCCCGUCCAACUCAGAAAAGAUUUGAACGGGAUGGUAAUCACAUGUUGCAGGUCGCCAAACAGCUCUCCGUUUUUGCCAAUCUGACAAGUGAACAGCACAAUGAGGACUUGGACUAUCUGAGGCAGACGAUGGGAGUGAUGCAGCAUCACGAUGCAAUUACUGGAACCGAAAAACAAGCUGUUUCAGAUGAUUACGAUCGAAUGAUGUACGAAGCUAUUGUGGGAGCCUCUAACAAUGCAAAAGAUGCCCUGCGAAUUCUGACCAACAUGCCAAAUGGGGAAUUUGAAAGUUGUCUAAAGUUGAACAUCAGUGAGUGUGCUUUUACCAAGGAUGGAGCUGAUAACGUGGUUGUGACUUUGUACAAUCCCCUGGCUCACAAAUCCACUCAGUAUGUGCGCAUACCCGUAAAGGAAGAGAACUACCAAGUUACCAAUGAAAAGGGAAACCUCGUUCCUUCCGAAGUGGUUCCAGUUGCCAAAGAAGUUUUGGAUUUGGAAUACCGAUCCAAUAACACGCAGCACGAAUUGGUUUUCAAAGCCACAGUGAAUAAAAUUGGAAGUUACUACAUCAAAAAGGUCGAGAGUUCCGAGAACAGCCAAACCUCUUCUAUCAAAAUAAUUAACCCUCGAGAAAGUGAUGAUUCUGAAACUGUUGUAGAAAGUUCGCUCAUUAAACUGGUGAUUGACAACCAAACAGGUCGCUUGAAGACGAUUGAAAUGAACGGUGUAUCUGAGAAUAUUGUACAGAACUUUGGCUUCUACAAGACUCACACUUCUUGUGCAUAUACUUUCCGCCAAGAUGGCGAUAUCGAACUUAUUGAAGAUGAUUUCAAGUUCACGGUUUACCAAGGAGCAUUGGUCAAGGAAGUCCACCAGAAAGUUAACGAAUGGGUUUCGCAGGUGAUCCGCAUUUACGAGGACGUUAAUCGCGUCGAGUUCGAAUGGUUGGUUGGUCCCAUUCCUAUCGAUGACAAUUUGGGCAGUGAGUUUGUCACAAACUUUAAGAGUGGAAUUUCCUCAAAUGGAGUCUUCUACACGGAUUCCAAUGGCCGAGAGAUGAUGAAGCGAGAAAUGAAUAAGCGUGAGGAUUUCGUUGCUGAUUUGAGUCGUCAACCAGUUAGUGGAAACUUUUACCCAGUAACUUCAAGGAUCGCUCUUCAGGACGAUAGUAAGCGAUUGGUUCUGCUGAAUGAUCGUUCUCAGGGAGGAGCUAGUUUGGAGGAUGGAGCCUUGGAGAUGCUGAUCCAUCGUCGCCAUCUUUUCAACGAUGGUGGUGGAGUGGGCGAAGCUCUGAAUGACACGCAAUAUGGCAAAGGAUUAAUAGCCCGAGGAAAACUAUACCUUGUUCUCGAUUUGGUAGAGGAGAAAAACACUAUUACUGAACGUGAGGCCGAAAAGGAACUAUUCCUUCCUUUCUGGAAGUUCUUCAGCAAAGCUGGUGAAACUGGAAAAGCUUCAACUAAAUCCAUUCCCGACUUUGAUGAUCUUCCCAAGUCUGUUCAUCUCCUCACUUUGGAGUCCUUCACGGAAAAUGAAAUUCUGAUUCGCUUUGAAAACUUCUUGGAUAAAUCGGAGAGUAAUGUAAUCAGCUUCAACAUCCGGGAUAUAUUCGAUAGUUUGGGAGGUGCUGCGAUUAGGGAAACCACCUUGGAUGGUAACUUGCCACUAAGCGAAAUGAAACGAUUUAAGUUCCAUGCCCAAAACUCUGGAAACAAACCUUCAACUGUGGAAUACUCUACUGCUCAGCACAAAUCAUUGGAAGCCGAUAGAUUAGAUGAUGCAUCAAAGUUUGUUGUAACACUAUAUCCUAUGCAAAUUCGCACUUUUAUUAUUCAAACGAAUUAG